ACGCUUUACCACUGCAAUAUGCUUUAAAUAACUGCUGUCUCCAGAUAUCCACUCGCGUCUGUCAGAGGUUUGCAGGACCAUGGGGACCCUGACGAGGAUUCCCUGCAUCUGUCUGCUCCUUGGCUUACUGGCUCUUCCCAUGCAAGGUAAGGUCUGGAGAUCAUGGAUCCUGAGGAGGUGGAAUACAUCCGCCUGCGGGUCAGAGGUGUCUUGGGUGGCUCCGUCACCCUGGAGUGCGGCUCCACCCUGCCCACCAUCUUCAUCUGGGGCUUCACCCAACCUGGCACCCAGAGCAACCAGGCCCUGGCCUACAACUACGGGCAGGGGCCCAAACUGCAGCCCCUCACGUCCAGCCUGGGCCUGGUGAGUGUGCUGGCCAACACGUCGUCCCUGCUGAUCGAGCAGCUGUCCUGGAGAGCCGAGGGCACCUACACCUGCCAGGCCCUGUAUGACGCGGACGAAGGAGCCAAGAUCACCUUCUACUUCACCCAUGUUGACGUAGAGGAAGAAUAAGAGCUAUGGCAAGGCUGACGUGGGAGGUUUUGGUCUUUUUGAUCCUGUUCAAGGUGGUUUAUAUUCGUGUUUCGACGUCCUUGUGUUUGUGUUUCAAAGUUGGGUUCACCUGUAUUCUGUCUCUGCAUUAGUGAGAGAAAAGACAUCUCAAUCAAGAUGGAUGGUUCUACAUAGCACUGAUUUGUGAUUGAAUGAUGUAUUUGCAGUAACUGUAUCAUACUGUAGAUGUAA